AGGAUCAUGAAAAAACUAUUGAAGACACAGCAACAGAUAAGUGGAACAGAAAAAAUAAAAAACAAUUAAAAAGUAAUUCGUAUCUUCUUCACAAUCCACAUUUACGACACAUUAAUAUUAGUAAUACACGGAACUCUCGUCUUCUACCUUUAUUAAAAAACGGAUCUCGUGCAGAAGAACUUAAAACUUGUAAAAUAAAAAGUUUAGAUUCAAACAUAAUACUAAGCAACACUUGUGCGUUUGACUCUAUAACGUCAAUGGUAAUGGUGGCUUUUUGUGACAGUCAGUUAUUUUCAGAAGGACUUUUAAAAAAUAAAACAAAAUAUAUUGAUUUUAUAUCUCAAUUGGUUUCAAAGGGUAUUACGGCUCACACAUAUACAGAUAGAGCAGAAUUAAUUAUUUCAUUACUCGACCCUGAAUUAGAAACACUUGAGUACAACACUUUCUUUAUCAAAUGUGAGACUACACCUAAAACGAUUUUCAAAUCUAUGUUCAAAGAGUUUCCAUCUAUCCUUAAAAGAAGUAGUUGUUCAAAUGAUAAAUGUGAAAAGUGUCAAGAAACAUAUCAACCAAUCUACAAUUUAACAUACAACACUACAAAUGGCAUAAUCAGUGGUCUGCAAGAAUUCAUCAAUAAUCAAUUCCAAAUUGAACUAAAGAUGUGUAAUUUUAUGAAUAAGUUGGAAAAAUCUCAAUGCAGCAGUCAACGAAUAACAAUGUUUGAUGUAUCGCCAUUAUAUUUGCUAAUAGAAAUUUUAUUUUGGAGUGGUAAGCAUUUUAAAUUUUUUUUUAAUUCUACCAAAAUAACUUGAUUUCUAUAUUUUUUAGGGGAACACAUGGGACAGGGUAGUGAGGCUGCGCCACACGUAAAAGUAAAAUUGGUAGAUAUCCCUACACUUGUAUUCCAUGAAUCUACAACCUACUUUUUAAGAGGAGUGUUAAACUAUCACAAAGGAAAAAGUCAACUUAGGAACUCCAUUGGACACUAUUCUGCAUUUUGCAAAAGAGAAGGACGUAAUUGGGAACUAUAUGAUGACCUGAAAAAAAAACCAAAACAUAUUAGUGAAAAUACUGUGGUAGCGUGUGAAGUAUUAUUGUACACCAUCUAAGUGACUAAGUCUUUUGUUUUAACAACCUUAAUAACAUUUUAAUUAAAUUAU